CCUUGCCUCGACUCGAGCGCAAGAUUGCGCGGCGGCCCCGCUGUCGAGGCAGCCCUCGGGAGAGGGAGCUUCGGGGGACGCCCGGCGGAAGCAGGCGGUCUUAGCAGGGGCGGCCUCUGAGGUUGCCCGGGCAGGGACAGCGGUGUCAUCCUCCCCGCCGCCUCUUCGUCCCGCUCCCCGGUGUUAAAUCUGCCAGAGCUGCCGCCGCCGCUUCUCGCCGCAUAAGCGCAGGCUUUCCUCGGCGGCCUCGGGUUUCCAUUUUGGGUGGUAGCGUUUCCGUAGCCAGCCCUUCCCGGAGAGACCCCAGCAGCGUCGGGCGCGCCGAGAGCGGGAAGUUCGCGGAGGAGCCCGCCCUGCCUCCCCUCCGGCUCCCCUCCCAAACAAACAAGCCAGCCGGAAAGUCUCGAGAAGCUGCCAAGAAGGAGCGUGACCGAGACUCGCCCGGAGGAGAAGAGGAGGCGGAGGAGGAGGAGAAGCAGCGCCUUUGCCCUCCCAUCCUCCGUCCUGACCGCCUCCCUCGGCUGAAUCCACCUUCCCUCCGUCUUCCCGUCCUCGGCGGCGCCAGGGGCAGCAAAAGCCGGACGCAGGAUGGCUUCAACAGCAACCUGCACCAGGUUUACCGACGAAUAUCAGCUUUUUGAGGAGCUUGGAAAGGGGGCUUUCUCAGUGGUGAGAAGAUGCAUGAAAAUCACUACAGGACAAGAAUAUGCUGCUAAAAUUAUCAACACUAAAAAGCUGUCAGCAAGGGGUGGGUAUUCUUAAGCUGUUGUGAAAUAUAUUGCAGUAAUGCAGAUAGACAUGAAUUGACUAGAUGGGAAAGAAAAUGAAGAUCUUUGCUUUUUUGCUACCUGGAUUUCUGUGUUUUGGAAAGCCACAUUUAGCUUGAUGUAUUCCUAUGGCAAAAUGUAAGAGUGCCUGCAGGGCUAUUUAAAUUACCUAUUUAGGUUUGUAAUUGUGAAAUUGGCUCAGCUAUUACAUUUACAUUUUCUGCCUCACUUUUGCCUUCAUUGGAGGAAAGGAGGACAAAUAUUAAUUUACUAACACUCUCCUGUUCUGUCUACACACACAAGUCAUUCACUGUGACAUUAAAAAACAAAACAAAAAAUAGGGGAGAAGUGACAUGCUUCUCUUAUUCAAACAUUCUUGGUUUAAAAUAAAACUGAUCUUUGUUUCUCUCCGUGCUAUAAAUUAAAUAUUUUCAUCAUGGUAGAGUAUUUUUCUCCUUUAUAUUUUUCAGAUUUGCAGUCUUUAAUGCAUAAGGAUUAUACAGGUUCAGUUUUUACGUGUCUAGAGCACUCUCCAAAAUAUUAUAAGCAACAUUUAUUUUUCCAAACAAUCUCUGCUAAAUUGUGUGGAAGUUACACAGAGGAAGCUUUGCAGAUCCUCUGGAGCAUCAGUAUUGUUGGGCAGGAAAGGCUUCCAGUGGAUUACAUCCUAUAUACAUACAUACAUACAUACACAUAUCCUUAAGUUUGUAUGCUUGUUCGUGGUAAAUCCACAUUGAUGUACUUACAUGGGAUGUUGAGAUUAUGGAUUAUUUUCUGUUAACAUCUACACUUUCAGAUUAAUUUCUAGCUUUUUCAUAAGCAAGGAAAUAAAUGGAGCUGUUUGUUCAUUAUGCCAACCUAUAGUGCAUACCUUUUAUUGUUAAGGCCACGGGUUGAACACAUUUAUCAUGCAUUUAUCAUUGAUAAUGAACUG